AUGGGCUCCCGGCAUUUCCCAGCCCGGACGGUGCUGUUUGAGAAGGAGUCCAACGGGGUGACGUACCGCGUGCCAGCCCUGCUUUACCUGCCCUGCGUGGCCAAGCUGCUGGCCUUCGCUGAGGAGCGCCUGAGCGCCGAUGACGCCCACGCCAACCUGCUGGUGCUGCGGCGAGGGACCAUCUACAGGAACUACGUGGAGUGGGAAGACAUGAGAGUGCUGGAGACUGCCACCCUGAAGCACCACCGAUCCAUGAACCCCUGCCCCAUCUACGACGAGUUCACAGGCACCCUCUUCCUCUUCUUCAUCACGGUGCUGGGGAAGACACCAGAAGCCUACCAGAUCAUCACUGGCCAGAAUGUCACCCGGCUCUGCUACGUCACCAGCGCUGACCAAGGCCUGAGCUGGAGUAAGGUCACCGACCUGACACAGCAGGUCAUCGGCAGAGCCAUCAAAGACUGGGCCACAUUUGCCCUGGGCCCCGGGCAUGGGAUCCAGCUCCGCUCCGGCAGGCUGCUGAUACCUGCCUACAGCUACCACAUUGACUGCAAGGAGUGCUUUGGGAAGCUCUGCAAGACCACACCGCACUCCUUCACCUUCUACAGCGACGACCAUGGCCAGAGCUGGCGCUUUGGGGAGUUCAUCCCCAAUCUGCAGACAGGAGAGUGCCAGCUGGUCUCUGUGGACGAGGAGGACGGCUCCAACGUCCUUUACUGCAACGCCCGGAGCCCCUUGGGUUUCCGAGUGCAGGCGCUAAGCACCGAUGAUGGGGCUGUCUUCCACGUCGGGCAGCUGGUGCAGCGGCUGGUUGAACCCCCGCAUGGCUGUCACGGCAGCAUCGUUGGCUUCCCUGCACCUUUUGUAUAUGUCCCCACUGCUCCGAAGACCCCGUCAGCAUCCCGCCGAGGCCUAGGACAACAUGGCCCCCAAGCUACCUCCGAACGCUCCCUCUUCUUUCAAACACCAACAUGGGUGCUCUAUUCCCACCCCACCAGCUCCAUGUCACGGGUCAACAUGGGGAUUCACCUUAGUACCUUCCCCAGGGAUGCCGAGAGCUGGACCGAGCCAUGGGUUAUAUAUGAAGGCCCAAGUGCUUAUUCAGAUCUGGCCUACAUCGAGCUGCCCUACUCGGAGUACUCAGCUUCUGGCACACCAGCCAUUGCCUUUGCUUGCCUGUACGAGAACGGAACACGCUCUCCCUACGAGCAGAUCUCCUUCAGCAUGUUCACACUGCACGAUGUGCUCCAGAACAUCCCCUUGCUGUCUGCAGCUUUGGAGCAGAAGGAUGGCCCACCAAGUCACAGCAAGAUGAAGGGAAGGAGCUGCCUUGUCUCCUAG